GAUAUCAUCCAACUAAAGAAACAUUGUAUGGUAAUUAAAUCAAUUUAUUAUAAAAUAGAGAUAUUUUCAGAAAUGGAUGAAGAUGAAUUAGGAGGUAUAACAUUUGAAUAUUUCUUGGCCAUUCUUAAUUAAGAUAAAUCUAAAUCAGAGAAAAAGGAUACAAUAAGAAGAGUUUAUAGAAAAUAUGAUAAAAGCAAUAAAGGAUUCAUAACUUUAUCAGAUCUAAGAUAAGUUGUUUAUAAAGAUUUAAAAGAGGAUAUUGAUGAAGAAGUUUUGGCAGAAGUAAUAGAAUAAAUCUUAUAAUUAAGAUUUUUAGAAAGACUGACUCUAAUCAAGAUGGAAAAAUGACAUUUGAAGAUUUUUAUAAUGUAAUGACCAAAAAGGUGUAUUAUUGAUAUUAUUUAUCCGUAC